ACAAACAACAAGUAGUUUCUAUGAAAAUGAGUUCGACUGUAAACGUUUUGUUGGUAAUUUUGUACUUCUUGGACGCCACCAAGGGUGCUUCAGCUUGGCCCACCGACAAUGAAGGCAGAAUCGUCGGCGGCAAUGACACAAUCGUUGGCAUGUUCCCUUACGUUGCAGCAAUCAAUGUCCAAACCCCAGAAGGCAGAUUCUUCUGCGGAGGAACGCUCUACAACCAGGACUGGAUCCUCACUUCCGGUCACUGCGCUUUAAACGCCGCCCUCUUUACAAUCCAUCUCGGUUCUGAUCUGCUGGAAGGUGAAGAUUUGAACCGAGUGUCCUUGGCCACUUCUGAGUACAUCAUCCACCCGGAGUUUAAUCCUGACACCAUCGAGCACGACAUAGCCCUGAUCAAGCUAAGAAUGCCAAUAAAAUACACUGAUUACAUCAAACCCAUCAAUUUGCCGUUCAGGUGGGUAAAUCCAGGCGAACUCCUGGUUUCGAUUGGAUGGGGCCAAACUAGCGACAGUGAUCCGCAACUUUCAAAUAAGCUUCAGCAUGUUUUUCUGACGGCGUUGACGAAUGAGGACUGUAAAGAAUCUUUUGGUAAUCAGAUUGCUGAACACAUGGUAUGUGCUGCGGGAAAUUACAACGAAGGUGCUUGCAUUGGUGACACUGGGGGUCCAUUGAUUGACUACGUGAGUAUGUGGCGGGCUCCGCGCCUUUUUGGUAUCACCAGUUUUAUUAGUGGAAAUGGGUGUGAAAGUACCGAUCCGUCGGGGUAUACAAGGGUGUAUGAUUAUAUGGAUUGGAUUAAAAAUGUUACUAAUACGUAAUUUUGACGAAAAUUAUCUUGAAUAAAAUGCUGUUUGUUCAAA